AUGGAGGUCGUAAAGCCGCACAUGGUUAUCGGGGUCGACUUUGGCAUGACAUGCACUGGAGUAUCUUAUGCAAAUCUAUCAAUCGGCUCAGACACAGUGCGAUGGGUUCAGAAAUGGCCUGGCCGCUUCCAAGCAAACGAAAAUAAAGUCCCCACAGUUGUUGUAUAUCCAACCAACAAGUCAGAGCCAUCAUCAUGGGGAUUCUUGUCAGAAACAAUAGUAGAGACGACCGCCGAAGACAAAGAAUACAGGGAGUGGUUCAAAACAUCUCUGGAUCCCCAGAAGCUACUAAAGAAGCAAGAGGAGGACCCCGAAAACACAGCGAAAUCCAUCGCUGAAGUGGAAAAGUGGUACGAGGACUAUCUGCGAAAGCUAUAUCAGUAUCUCGCUUUCAAACUUGAAUCGGAACUCUCGGGAGUCACGUGGAAGGAUGCGAGAAUCGAGUUUCUGUUCAGUGUGCCGACUACCUGGGCGCCUAAUCCAACCGUAGAGCUGUUUCGAAGCAUUACCUCAAGAGCUGGAUUCGGGGAGCACAUUGGCCAUUCUGUCUCUAUUGGCUUAACGGAAGCUGAAGCAGCUGCUGUGCACGUCUCUACAGAAGCUUGCGGAAUUUUCAGGGAAAGAGAUAUAUUACUUAUUUGUGACGCAGGAGGCGGCACCACCGACUUAUCUGUGCUCCGAGUCACAAACACGUAUGGGCAAAGCAUCUCAUUGGAGCAGCUAGACGUUGUGUUUGGCGAAACCAUCGGAUCUGCCGCCAUAGACUUCGGCUUUCAAAAGCUUGUAAGGGCAAGGCUAGAAGCAGCCAACAGUACUAUUGAGCUCCCAAUAUCAAUCGACGAUGCAUGUUGGGAGAUGAUGAAAAGCAGGGACUUCCAGGCAGUGAAGUGCGAGCACGGCUCGCCUGAUGAUACACCAUUUUUCUCAAUCGCCAUCUCAAAGUUGCCUCCAGCCUACAAUAGUCCGGAGCACAACAUCAAAGACGGAGAGAUGAAGUUUGCCCGAGAAGAUUUACAGCGAAUGUUCGACAAACAAAUCGAGAAGCUAUUCAGACUCAUUGAUACUCAACUAGAAAGCUUAUAUCGCAAGCAUCCUUAUGAGAGAGUGUCCCACCUCGUACUCUCCGGCGGUCUCGGAAACUCGUCCUACGUCCAACAACGCCUAAGCGCCCGCUACGCCUACAGCUCCAACUCACCACAUUCUAACGCAAACACAAUGCAAGUGCGCAUCGCUCCAGACCCCCAACUCGCGGUCUGCAAAGGGCUAGUCGCCGACCGCGUCCGCAAGCUAACAACCAGCCAAUCCAUUCUCGGCUGGCGGUGCUGUCGCGCGUCCUACGGCACCAUCUGCAAGAUCUUGUACAACAAAAAGAACCCCGAACACAUCGGCAAGCCGACAAUCAAAGACCCCAUCAACAACAAACUGUAUAUCUCACAAGCCGUGGCGUGGUUCAUCAAGAAGGGGGAACCGGUGUCGGUGGAUCAGCCUAUCAUUCACAAUUUUUUGAGAAAGCUGAGUCCUGGGGAUCCGCGGAGAGCGUUUCCGACGAGUAUUAUUACGAGUGAUGUGGACAAGGAGUAUUUGCCGUUUAACAUGGGUCCUAAUGCAAGACUACUAUGCGAGAUCGAGUCAGACCUCUCCGCCGCAGACGAGAAACGAUUCGUAGAGAAAAACAGGCAGUUCUGGAGGAUCGCAAAACACUACUUCAAGGUAGAGUACCAGGUCAGGGUCUUGAUUGGUGCUGCAGAUAUCAGGUUCGAGCUUUGGUUCGACGGGCAAAAGCUCAGCCGUGAUCAACCUAUUCGCGUCGAAUGGACUUCCGCAACACCACCGCCACCUGAGCCAGUGAUACCCGUAGCAGCGCAAUCACCAAGCAUUUACGUGCCACUCCGUAGCUGGCAGAGUCACAGUCCGGUCACUAGUAUCAUCACGUCCAAGGAGAGCAAUAAUUCGCCUAUCAGGCCAGAUGGUCAGCGCUUGACUCAUUUGUAUGCAUGAGAAAAGAACAACGAAAGUUUCGAUCCAAUUUUCUUUUCGAAAAAAGGCGCAUUGGAUAUCCACAGGGGAAAUAGAUUCAUUUUGGGCUAUGGGAACUCUACUUAUUUCUCGCUCUAACUGAUUUCACUUGAUUCCCUCUUUUGAUUGGCCAUACUAAAUGCCAAGUAAUAGAACAGCUUAGGUGUAUUUGACCUCAAAGUAGUGAUAAAGUAGAAAUGAUCCAAGUAUUAAGUAGUCCUCCCUCACGAUUGACGGUGACAAAGUACAUGCUCUUAUCGUACCGGAAGGAUAGCAUGGGAGACGUGACGGUCCUUGACAGAGAGUUAUAGAGCAAGUUCG